AUGGGAGACAUUGAUGUAGAUAGCAUUAUCGAAAGACUCUUGGAGGUCCGAGGAAGCCGACCUGGCAAGCAGGUGCAGCUGGGAGCCCAGGAAAUUCGCAGCCUCUGCAUGAAGGCGCGAGAAAUCUUCAUCUCCCAGCCCAUCCUCCUGGAACUCGAGGCCCCCAUCAAAAUUUGCGGCGACAUUCACGGCCAGUACUAUGACCUGCUGCGUCUGUUCGAGUACGGUGGGUUCCCUCCCGAUGCCAACUACCUCUUCCUGGGCGACUACGUCGACAGGGGCAAGCAGAGCCUCGAAACCAUCUGCCUCCUCCUCGCCUACAAAAUCAAAUACCCAGAGAACUUCUUCAUCCUCAGGGGCAACCACGAGUGCGCCUCCAUCAACAGGAUCUACGGUUUCUACGAUGAAUGCAAACGGCGGUACAGCGUCAAACUAUGGAAAACCUUCACAGAGUGCUUCAACUGCCUCCCCAUCGCCGCCAUCAUAGACGAAAAGAUAUUCUGCAUGCACGGAGGGCUCUCCCCCGAUUUGAAGACUAUGGAGCAGAUCCGUAGGAUCGUCCGCCCCACGGACGUGCCAGACCAAGGUCUGCUGUGCGAUUUGCUGUGGUCCGAUCCCGACAAGCAGAUUCAGGGCUGGGGGGAGAACGAUCGUGGCGUUUCGUUCACGUUCGGAGCGGACAUUGUCACGAGCUUCCUCAAGAGACACGACCUCGACCUCAUCUGCAGGGCUCACCAAGUGGUGGAAGACGGUUACGAAUUUUUCGCGAAGCGCCAGCUCGUCACCCUCUUCUCGGCGCCCAACUACUGUGGCGAGUUCGAUAACGCCGGCGCCAUGAUGAGUGUCGAUGAGACCCUCAUGUGCUCUUUCCAGCACGAGGACGAGACUGAGCGUAAGGGGCACGUGGCCGAGCGCGGCAGUGGUGGCGUGAAGGAGAGCAAGGAGAGAGGAGCGACGACGGAGGGCAGAACGGAAGGACCAGGCUUUCGCGCGCAGAGUUUCUGUGAGCGAGAGAGAUGUAAACUUAAAGGCUACACCGUGCCGCGCAAGCUGGCCGAGCUGUCACCGCCCCUCAUCGGUAGCUGA